UGAGCAGUGGAGAGGGGCGGGGCGGGUCACUCCUCUUCCAGUCCACAGUGGGGCAGCCCAUGAGAAGCAGAGCUCCUUAGGAGAGACCCCUCCCAGAGUGAGGCUGCAGGGAAGGCAGGCUGAGUGCGAGCUGCUGGAGCAGAGCUCCCCUCUCUGACGACUGCUAGGAUGUCUCUCUGGGAGAGGAAGGGCUGCCUGGUGGUGCUCAGCCUGGCUGUGGUGGCUCUUGGGCUGGCCCUGGCGUUGAUCCUGACCCGACACAGGUGUGGCCCACACAGGUUCCAGCACGCAGCUGUGGCUGCUGACGCCAAGAUCUGCUCGGACAUUGGCAGGGAUAUCUUGCUAUGUGACGGCUCUGCUGUAGAUGCUGCCAUUGCUGCCUUGAUCUGCACCUCGGUCCUGAACCCUCAGAGCAUGGGCUUGGGGGGAGGUGUCAUCUUUACCAUUUAUAACGCAACCACAGGAACAGUCGAGGUGAUCAAUGCCCGUGAGACAGCCCCCCAAAACAUGACGGAAAGCUUGCUGAAUCAGUGUCGUCUGACUUUCCUACCAGGGUCUCAGUGGAUUGCAGUUCCAGGAGAGCUUCGUGGCUAUGAAGAAGCCCACAAACGCUAUGGCAAGUUGCCAUGGGGGAGGCUGUUUAAACCAACCAUCCAACUUCUGGAGGCUGGAAUCAAGAUUCCUGAGGUUUUGAAUAAGUUCCUCAACCACGAACAGUUGCAGCCGGCUUUGAAAAAUUCAUCCUUGGGCAAACUGUUUCUCAAUGGCCGAGGCGCCAUGAUGACAACUGGGGAAACCCUCCACUGGCCAGCCCUGGUGAAAACCCUGAAGGCUGUGGCAGAAAAUGGAACUGACGAAUUUUACAUGGGGAAGACGGCAGAAGAGUUGGUGAGGGACGUACAGGAGCAAGGUGGGAGAUUGACAUUGGAGGACCUCAAGAAUUAUCGUGCCAAAGUGGUGAAACCCGUGAAUAUUUCACUGGGGGAAUAUGUCAUGUACUCUGCCCCCCAGCCGGCAGCAGGCCCCCUUAUCCUCUUUAUCCUCAAUGUCCUCAAAGGGUUCAACUUCACCAAGGAGUAUAUGAGCACACCUGUCAGGAAGGCAGAGGCUUUCCACUAUAUUGCCGAAACCUUGAAGUUUGCCAAUGGCCAGAGAGCAAAAGUGGAAGACCUGGAAUUUUCCAAAAUAAAAGAGGGAAUUGUACGUGCUCUGAUAUCGGAGCCCUUUGCUGACCACAUAAGGCAGCUGAUCGACGAGAGAGGGGACCAUUCAGCUUCCCAUUACAACAACCCACAGCUGAGAAUGGCGAGUUUCGGCACCGCUCAUGUCUCUGUCGUUGCCGCAGAUGGGAGCGCUGUCUCAGUCACCAGCACCAUCAACCACCCAUUUGGCUCUAUGGUAUAUUCUGAAAAAACUGGGAUUAUUUUAAAUAACGAACUUGCUGACUUCUGCAUGAAACGAUCAAGCAGAAAGAUAUCUCCAGGAGAGAUGCCCCCUUCCUCCAUGACGCCAUCCAUUCUCAUUUCCAAGAACGGCCAGUCUAAGCUGGUGAUCGGAGGCUCAGGUGGGCUCCUAAUUGUCCCUGCUGUAGCCCUGGCAAUCACCAACAAGUUGUGGUUUGGCUAUGAUCUGGACAGCGCUAUUGCAGCUCCUAUUCUCUAUGCCUCCUGGAACAACCAGAUAGAGGUUGAGAAGAACUUUAGUCUGGACAUCAUGGCGGAACUGCGCAAAAAGGGACACAAGGUUGCGGUUUCUAAUUUGACACUAAAUGUCGUGCAAGGCAUCUCCACCGAUGGCUCUUGCAUCUUCCCCUACUCUGACAAACGGAAGCUAGGGGAAGCAUCUGGCUAUUAGCACUGGAGAGGGCCUGGAGGAUCAGCCUGUCUGCCCCCUCCUGACAUUUUUGAAGCCUAUUUGAAGCUUUGUGGCUUUGCAAGCCCCGUCUGGGUCCUACCCAAAGCAAAUGAACUCACUGCAUAUGGAUUCCUAUUCAGGGCAGCUAUAUGGAAGAUGAAGAACUGAGCCAAAAAGCAGCCAUGUGUGCCUGCCUUCUAUUGCAGUCUCAGUAUCUGAGGAGGAAGCAGAGCUGGAUUCUAGUUUCUUGCAAGUUUCAGAAGUUUCCAUCCAGGCUGUGUGAUGAGAUUGCAUGGAUGUAGCUGCUGGCUGCAGCAUUCAGGGUAAAGAGUGACCUGUGAGCCAAUGUGGAACUUCUUACCUGUCAAGUAUUGAAUGUUUAAGGGGAAGGCAGACCCUUAUUUUAGGGCCUGCUACACUGUGAAGGGCAGGUGG